UUAUUGGACUAUACUUUAAAAAUACUAAUAAAAAUGGUUUAGAAUGGUGUCCAUAUUUUUGGGUAUGUUGCAAAAUUUACGUAGUCUAAAACCAAUAACAUGUAUUUUCUUAUAAUGUGAUCUAUUCAUCUAGCACCUGAAUUAUGUUUUUCAAUCGAUUUCACGAAAUUCCUUUUCUUUUAAAACUUUUCUGAUUUUUGAUUUUUCUUGCAAUCUGAUUAUGUUUUUAAUUUUUGCUCUGAUAGGAAAACUUUCGUGAACAAAAACAAUAUUUGGCUUAACUAAAGAUCUGAUUUUGUGUGUGGUAUUUCUACCUUAAUUUCCUGAAUUCAUAACCAAUUACAAUUAUUUAUGAGAAAUUCUCUUGGAUAUCCCUUUUUAGUUUAUUUUCACAAAAAAUAGAACUCAAGGAGAAAAAUGACCAAAUUUUUUUUUGUUAAAGGGUAAAAUAUGCAUCUAUACCCUUAGGGUUAACUAAUCUAGACGUAGGAUUUAGAGUUAAAUGGUAGACUUUGGGGAAGAGGUUUCAAAUUUUUAAAAAUAAAAAUUAAAAGUUAAAAAUUUUAAAAUUAAAAGAGGCUAUUUUAGUCAUUUUAGUUUUUGAGAGCUAUUUUUGUAACAAAAACUUAAAAAUAGCUAUUUGAGAAAAUUGUCCAUUAUUUAUUGUCUUGGUGUACAGAAGCCUCAAUCAUGGCUAAGUUCGGCAAGAUACAAAACUUUCAAUCUUUAAAAACAUUCUCAUUCCAUCAUUUUAGUUGAUGUGAAUCUUAAUCAUUUUGCAAUUUUUUUCUUUUAAAAUGAUAUUAUUUAGUAGUUGUACAUAGAGAAAUUCCGUUCACUAAUACAAAUGUUAAAAAUACGAAAAACUAAAAAUGAACUGAUUAAAAACAAAUUAGUGUGAACACAUUAAAUUGUAUGUGGUAGAAUUAAAAAAAAUAGUAUAUGCAUGCAUUAAUUGUUAAAUGGCUGUGAGGCCGACAUGCAUACUCAAAUUGAAAUUGAUGUGAGACUGACACGUGUUCAAUGUAGUGUGAAAACAUUAAAUGAUAAUUCUUUUCUUUUAAUAUACUAGGGAUAAUUAAGGAGCAUUGAAAACAAUUAUGGACAUAUUCUCUCUCGUUGCAAUUCUAAAUUUGAUACUUGGGUUAAAUAAUUUACGGAGACUGGGAAGAAGACCCUCUGCAGCCUACAAGGAUUAAAUAAUUACUUCGGUCAUGGAGAUAAUUAUUAAGCAAGUUGUCAACUGAAAAGAAUAUGUCAUCUAUUAACAUGGAUUACAAUAUGGCUCAAAACAUAUGUUUUGUAACAACUACAAGAAUUGGUCAUGGCGGCUUCUUCUUCCGGUAUUGGAUGGAAGUCAACAAGGCCUCAAGUUUUCAUCAAUUUCCGGGGACAAGAGCUACGCAGAGGCUUCAUUGGCUUCCUCGAGCCGGCCUUGAAAAACGAAAACAUUAACGUUUUCAUAGACGAGCUGGAGCUGAGAGGGAGGGAUCUACAGAACCUGUUCGUGAGAAUCAAAGAGUCCAAAAUCGCGCUAGUGAUCUUCUCCAAGGACUACGCCAAUUCGGAAUGGUGCUUGGAUGAGCUGGCAAAGAUCAAAGAAUGUAUGGAUCUUGGCAAUCUUUAUGUGAUUCCCAUCUUUUACAAGAUAGAACCUUCCGUUGUUAAACAUCUUCAAGGUUACUUUGGAGAAAGUUUUAUGAAUCUACAGAGCAGAUAUACACACGAUCUGGAUAGAACCCGGAAAUGGGAGGAAGCUUUAGCAUCUGUUCCCCAAAAGUUUGGUUUGCCAUUUCCAGAAAACAGUGACAGGACAGAUUGGGAUUUUAUAAAGUCAAUAGUCGUGGAGGUUAAGAGAGUGCUUGAGCAUAUAGAAGGAAAUUCAAAUCAAAGAGGGCAGCCCCAAGCUAUUCAAGUACAACAGCCGGACGUAAAUUUCCAGCGUGCCAUGUUCAGUGUAAGACAACUCAAGAUAAGCGGCUCUCACAAUGCAAGAUAUUGGAUCUUUGAGUCUAUAUACGAGCCACCAAAUGAGGCGGCCAUUGAAAUUGCAAAGAUGAAAAGAUGUUAUUAUGUGGAAGUAUGCGGAAAGUUCGACACCAAAGAACUGAUAUAUAGGACAAGAUACGAGGUGGUCUUUGUAGUCAAAGUAGAGGAUACAAUGACAAGAUGGAACAAUCCGGCAACAGCGCAACUAAUGGUACCCGAUAACGGCCUGCAACAGCGGGAAUUUCAGUUUAUUGAUCUCAUAAAAAACGAGUGGAUUGAAAUUCAGGCGGGAGUUUUCGAUGCACAGCCGCAUAAAGAGAAGAUCGCUAUCUAUUUGUAUCAGCACCAGUCUAACAUUCGGAUGACGGGGCUUCUGGUUAAAGGUGCUAUAAUUCGUCCUGUGGAGUAAGCAAGGGCCGAUGCAACCACACCCAUAAGUGUAAAACUCUGUACGAGACAUUUGAUCCCAUGAAAAUAUUUGCUUCAUUAUAUUUUUCUCUUUUUUGAAGGACCAAGUCAAUGCCUUCAUACUAAAAAUAUUGAUGCCACUCUUCAUUGUCUUUUCUAUUCCCCACCCCUCUCACAAUAAUAAAAAGUGAAAAUUGGCAAAAUGAGACACUUGUUUGUGAAACUUAGGAUUGUAUAGUUUCUGUACAUUAUUAAUGAAUAAGUGUUCCCUUUA